ACACGAAACAUAGCUCGGUCCAUUUGUAUCUCCGUGUUACAACGCUUUACAAGUGGUAAUAAGAGGGAUUAACUUGAUAAGGUCUGUUUUUAUUUAUCGCAAAAGAAAUCCCAAACUGUAUCUAGAGAAGAAAAUAUUUGGAACAUGCUAAUUCAUUACAAACUAAAACCUGAUCUCUGCUUUGAGCAAGAAAUACAAUACUUUGAUCGCAUAACUGCUUCAGAAUUUGGGCUGGUUUUUUCUGAACUUCGUGCCAUGAAGAUUUAGUGUGUUCUCCAAUUUCACACGAAAUGUCCUUGAAAUCUAAAUCCUCACCUUGCAAAUAGCGCUAAUAAUGUAUAAAAUUCAUCCAAGGCUUUAUGAAAAUCAGUCUGUUUGUGUAAAAUUAGCAUUUUAUCGACGAGGCGGAUCGCAGUAAAAGGACGUUGACAGCUUAUGUCGCUCACUGAUGGAUAACAGAACGACCUUUAACGAUCAUGAUUUGCUCGGAAAACAGUCAGCCCAUCAAAUCAUUGAUAUCAGUGGUUGCAAGUUUACCAUUAAGCUGUAGGAGGUGCUUCAAACUCAUUAUCCUCAAGAUUAAUGGUAUAAAUUUCAUCAAACAAUCCGGAAUGCAACAACAUUUAUUCGUGAAGAAAAUCACUGCCACUUACAAUUUACAUCCUGUCCCUGAUCGCGGAAGCACACCGAGAACAUCUUCUUUAAUAAAUGUCACAAGUAGCGAUAAAAAAGGAUUAGAGGUAUUAGCGCUUAAAUGGAUUUUCGAGGAACAAUGAUCAAGAAUAUGUGAACGAUAAGAGUAGCCAUGCAUAUAAAACAGUUCGUUCGACUGAUAUGGACCUGUUGGAAGCUGUUUUUCAGAUCUCCGCCCACUGUUGUGAUCUGAUAAACGAAGACCUUGUGUCUUACUGAGCUUGAAUAUGUUGCAAAACUCGAGAAAGCCAAAUGCAGCCAGGCCAGAGAGAAAUGUUGGUUUGAGCAUGUAGCCGGUGCCCCGCAAACACACAGAACAGUGCCGGCCUCGCCAAUCAUGUUCAGUUGAUUAUCGAAACAUCAUUGAAUGACUAAACUCAAAUUAAACCUCGCCGACAUCGGGGCGCUCGCUAUUCUAGGUGAACUAAGCCUACUUUAAACAGUGACAAGUAUGUUGAUCGUAUGUAUAUGCUACAAAACAUAAUAAAGCGUGGAUAAUUUUGAUUAUUUCAAAAACCACGCAAUCCGUGGGAAAUUUCCGAUAGUAGCGCGAUUUUUCCUCGAAUGGUUGAUUGAACUGACGGUGCAUUGAAAAAGAGAUAACUGGCUUGACAUGAAUCAACGAACCAUUUGAGGUCGAACCACGUAAGAGUCUAGAUCACGAUAAGGCAACCCUACGCAAACGAAGAAACGACUUGGACGACGUCUACUCCUUACAGCACCCUUAAGCUGUUUACUGAGAUGCAUCAAUCCAAAUUCAAGAGUAUAUUCGCACUUUUCGUGGUUUGCUGUCUCAGCACUGUUUGGCAGACUUCAUCAGAGGCGCUGCCUCCCUGGAAGCAUCUCAAGGGUGGUGUGGAUCAGCGACCCACAAGAGACAAGCUGAAACUAAAAUUUCCACUUGAACCAACCCGGUAUCCUAGCGAUCCGAUAGAAAGCGACUUUGACGUCGAGUCGCUGAAAAGAUUACUUGGCGAGGACUACGUUCCUAAAUAUAUUGCACUAACCAGAGAAGAGGUUUUAGAAAAGAAGGCCAAUGACACACUUUCACACGAGGAGGAUUUCAUGCGUAAAAUGUUGGUCAAAAGUAUGCCAGAGGAAAUUAAAAAUCUUGACUUUAAAAUGCCAGGUAUGAAAAGAUAUCUUGGACCUAAGGCAAGUAAAAAACUACAGCUUUGGCUAUGGCAAGUGUCGCACUGCUCAGUUUCACAGAAGUGGAAAAAUUUGGGAGUGCGCUAUUGGCCUCAUUUCAUUAACGUCGGGAGGUGCUCCAAGAAGGCAACGUGCUCCUUCCCUUCAGGAAUGAAAUGCCGGGUCUCAAGUACAAGGAAAGUCGGAGUUCUUCGCUGGCAUUGCUUGGAAAGAUUCGCCCAACGAAACGAGACUAACUGCACGUGGUUGAAGUUUGAAUACCCUGUGAUCACCGAAUGCAAAUGCGCCUGUCUCCAAUGAGACCGAUGGGAGUCAGGAGUAGUCCAUUUAGGGUUUCACUACCUGACGUAAAGGGUCACACAUGCGAUCCUAAAAUUAGAGAUUCGAAGUCUUUUAACUUUUAUGGAAGGAAAUUAGUCAUAAGAAGGCAGAACUAGAACUUGUGCAUUUUGGAAAAAAGUGUUGUCCAAGCUUUUGUUUGACAGGUAAGUUCCAUUAUGCACGGCCUUUUCUUGGAUGAACAAAAAGCUUGUCUCGUGCGGGCUUGUUGAAUUAGCUGAAUACCAAGGUCAGAAUAAACAAAUUCGCACCUCAUUUAUAGGCUUAGAAUUACAGCAUGUCAAGGAACUAAUUAUAUAAUCUGGAAAAUCAUCCUAGAUGUAAUAAGAACUUUUUAAGAGGUAUUACAACCACAUUUAGGAACAGCACAGUGGUGCUCUAAUACAGAUACCUAUGAUGUUACAAUCGUCAGUUUUCUGUUAUCCAUUAGAGAACACCUGAGUUUACUUUACGCUCUAUACCAUCAACGCCUUAGAAAACACUUCCUAAUGUCUCCGACACGCGUAGAUCGGUAGCAAGAUAGAGAAAGCCGUUUCCGGCCAAUUUUAAGCCACUAAAUCUAAAAUCAACAAUUUAAAAAACCACUAUUGUUCUGAACCUGGUUCAGAUGCAUUGACGACGGUAAAAAAUUUUUGGGCGAUUGGUCACGAAUCAGUAAGAAAGCUGAUCUUUCUAAGAGACUGAAAUGCCCCAAAGAGAUCAAUGUACUCAUUAUGUUGGAAGUACGACGCAAACUGUUGAAUCCAUUUUUGAAAGCUCAUAUCGUUACGUUAUAGUUUAAAGUAUACCUAUCACACUAUCGGCAUCAGCUGAAAUGUUAAAAACCAUUAUAUAGGUGAAGUUCAUUAGCACGGUUCUAGAGUGCCCUUGGUCCCGUUUUGUUUACCUCAAAGUUAUAAAUAUAAGUGAAUCAAUCCAGCUAAA